UGUCCGCAUGGUUAUUGGCUGCUCUUGUGGUGGGACCCCCAGGCUAGACAAGGCAGCCACUGGCCAGGGAGUAACCAAGCCUGCCUAAACGGGACCACGCGGGUGUCGUCAAUGUUUAGAAUCGGAGUUGCGGAUCUGAUAGAGCACAAUAGGCGUGCGAUGUAAAGGCGAUGGACCCACAACCACAACCUAGCCGCAAACUCCUGUCCACCUCUCCCCUCCAGCCACCCUCUCUCUCCGGGGUGCGCUGCAUGCAGCCACCCAUGACCAGCCUCAACAACCUUCUCAACCCCGAGAGCACAUAUGAGUACAACCGCAGAGUCACACAGGCUCACAAUGGCUCGCCUCCAAGCACGACAUCGUCGCCUCCAGCAACCAUAGCCAGCGAGCGCACGGUUGAGGAGAACUACUACGGCCAGGCCAACAUCUCCAUCACCCCGCACGAGCCUCACCCAAAUUGCCCCGACACCUUGACCUGCCUCCCCGACACCGAUGGCCGUCCCCAGCAUACCCUCCCCGUCAUCCUCCGUUGCGCCAUCCUCGGCAGCCCCAAGAAACGCCUCACAAUCCGAGAGAUAUACGCGGCGAUGGAGAAAAAGUACCCGUACUACAAGACGGCGGGGCCGGCAUGGAAGCAAUCAGUGAGGCAUCACUUAUCACUCAAUCGACUCUUUGAGCGUCAACCUCGCCCUGCGACCGACCCUGGCUUUGGGUCGUAUUGGACUGUCAACCUCGAUGCUCCCCCUGGGACGAAGCGACCACGUAAGAGAGGUCGCGCCAACAAGGACGCCCCCGCAAACAGCCUUCCCCUGGAGAACGAUGUUCUACAGUCCUCGUUGGGAAUUCCGGCACAAACACCAUUGCCACCUUCUGUCCCGCCAUCACAUUCACACCCAUCCCUCCCGCAGUCGCUUUCUCAUGCGUCGCUGGCGCACCCACUGUCGCACCCUUCGAUACCGCCCCCGCUCCCGCACUCGACCUCCGCUCCCUUGCCAACGUCGUCCUUACCGCCGCAACGUCCACCCUCAAUAUCCCCAUCUGCACAGCCUCCCACACCCCAUUCCGCCUCGAACUCAGCUCCGUCUUCCGCUCAUUCAUCCGCACCAACCUCCGCACCGCCGUUCCCGAAGGUCCGGGAGCAGACUGCUGAGUCGGAGUAUCGCUUACAGGACCCUCCAAUCGCUACGCUGCGGCCCGUUGACAGUAGGUCGUUCAACCAGGGAUCUACGCUGCGUUCCGCGAAGUACUACGAUGAAGACGAGGACGAGGAUGAUAUGGAGUGGGAGGAGGACGGGGCGCGGAUGUCGGAGUACGACAGCGCCGAGGACACACCAUAUCAAUACGACCCUCGACCAAAGCCCUCGACGUCCAAUGGGCAUUCUCACCAUUCGCUGUCCUCUGUGAGCAACAGACCCGCCCUGUACGGCGCUUUCUCGUCCUACGCAAGCAACCCGACGCACAGGAGCCCGGAAACACAACCUUACAAGGGCCCGGAGCCACCACCGCCACCAGGAUACAAAGGCUCGGACAACCACUCUUAUCGGGCGUCCGACAACCAGUCGUACAAUCGAUCCGACAGUCAAUCGUUCAGGAGCUCGGAGGGGCAGACGUACAGAGGGCCUGAAGGACAAGCCUACAGAGGUCCCGACGGCCAGCUGUAUCGAGGCGGCGACGGGCAGUCAUACAAAAGCUCCGACGGACAAGCGUUCAGGAGCCCAGAGGCGGGAGACCCUCUCAUCGAGCGUUUGAAGAUGGAGAUGGCAGGCCUACGGCGGCAAUCGACGGACGCCGUUAACGCUUCACUUCGGCUCUCAGCACAACUCUCAGAGUCGCAGGCGGAUGCCUCGAGGGCGAGGGCGACUAUGAAGGUGGUGGAGAGCCGACUGGAGGAGGAGAUUAGGCGGAGGCGGGAGGCAGAGCACAUCGCGGAGGACGAGGCGCGUCUCAGGCUGGCGGCAGAAGACGCGCUCCGAGCAUACCAGUUGCAGCGAAGACCACCGGGGUACACGUCAUCGAGGCCAUGACAAUUACAGCAUCCGUAUUAUUUUGGAUAGGCAUGUUUCUUAUAACUCACGUUCUUUCGACGUUGUGCUACUGAACACCGGAUUCUCCCCCUUGACACUCUGUCUCCCUUUGGGCCGGUUUGUACAUUUCGGUCUUGGUUCAUCCUCAUGUAUCGUUCUCGCCUUGUCAUAUGCCAUAAUUUGGGGCUGUGUUGAUACAUUCUUAUUGCGAGUAGGCUUUAGCUCCCGAUCUAUGGCUUGCGUAUGCGUAGUCGUUAUGGGAACUUGCAUCCACAUGCUUCAUGACAUGCAUGCUUCAUG